AUGGGCAAGAACACAAAGACAGUCCCUGACGCCUGGGAGGAUGAUUGGGAGGCCAAAGCAGACAAAAUGGUUCAAGAACCUGAACAGACGACACCUCAAGCACCUCUAUCCAAAUCAGAACGCUUGGCGCAGCAUGCUGAGCAGAAUCGCAAGCUAUGGGAAUCUGCUGAUGCUCCGCAAACAUUCCACUAUAUUGAAGCUGGUUCUAACUCAGGAGUUCCUCUCACAGCUCCUUUCAAGCCUCAGGUCAAAGUACUCAGCCGGAAACCCAUCAUCGCUAAGCGUGGUGCCACAGCAGGCAUGUCUGGACUUUCACUUGAUGACGAUAACGAACCGAGGCAGGAGGUACCAAUGAGCCCCGAGGAGAUCCGAGCGAAGCAGAAACGCGAUAGAGAGGAGAAACAGCGUCGGUACGAGGAAGCCAGGGCCAAGAUCUUCGGAGAAUCAAACCCAUCGUCAGGAACAUCGUCACCUGGCGCAGUUACCCCGCCGAGGACAGAUGGGUACACUGGCCGCGGUCGUGGCCGAGGAAGAGGUGGAUACAGGAACAACGAUGCCCGCCAACUUGAAAACCGCCAACCUGAUAACCGUGGAUUUGAUGCUCCGCGGAGGAUGCAGAACGCUUCAGGCUCUGGGCGCGAGCUGUUCGACCCGAAUUGCACACCCAAGCCUGAACCGGUACCGCAGAGACGACAAGCAGAAUAUUCUUCGCCUGGGAGGAGCACAACACCUCGCGAUGAGCAACAACAACAACAACAAUUACAGCCGCAGGCACCAAUUCGAACACCAAAAGGGCCAGACGGGAGUGGCCGGGGAGGGUUUGGCUUUGCACAACGAGGUGGCAAGGGUAGUUGA